AUGCGCAGACAUGCGGACCAAGAUUUUUCACCGCCGUCAAAGCGACGAAGAGAAAGAUCGGACUAUACAGAAAGACAACGUUCAGUUUCGCGAAGUUCCCCAAUUUCCAAAUACAAACAUUCCAAGUAUAUACAAUCGAAUACACACUCGUCAAGAUCGAAAAAUUCUUCAGAAGGAAGAAUCAAUGAAUUAGACAGUUCUCGCACUAUCUGUGUGAGGAACUUUUCUUCCAAACUAAGUGCUGAAGUUGUUGAACAGUAUAUUUACCGACACUUAGGAAAGUAUGGUGAUGUUUCCAUCAGUGUUGGACAUUUGGGAGGUGAACGUGUUGCUCUGGUUACCUACAAAUAUUCGGAAGACGCAACUGAAGCGCUUUGUGACUGUCCAACAGUAUACAUACAUGAUCGUCCUGCAAAUGUUACCCAGUUAACUGAUAUGUAUAAUGAUGGUGAUACACGGAAAGUAAUUGCGAGCAAAAAACGCCAAGAAAGAGUAGAAAAUGAAGAUAUUAAUGAUCGUCGACACCCUAUUCACAGCGUUCCUGGAAAAUUAGAAUCUACAUUCCCAGAUUUCUUACCCAAACCACCACUUUGUCCAUCAGGUGCUACAAGCUUACUAGGGAUGCCUGGAAUGACAUCUUCUGCGAUGAUGGCAGCAGCAGCAAAGGCAUUAGGAUUAAGUGCGGUUCCGGGAGUAUUGCCACCCCCACAGUUAAAUUCAAUCCAUCCUCAUAACCGUUUCGGAUCUGCAAACCUUCGACAUUACGAACAAAACAGGGGCGGAUACUCUCCUGGAGCAUCCGAUUCCGAAAAAGAAUCAAUGGCUACAAGGACUUUGUUUGUCGGAAGCUUGGAACCAGAUAUCACAGAGAAAGAGGUGCUUACUGCAUUCGAGAGGUAUGGAUAUGUUGAACAAAUUGAUAUAAAACGAUCUCCGAAACCUGGCGCACACUCUUAUGCAUUUGUACGCUUUCAAAAUCUUGAUAUGGCUAGACGUGCAAAAGUAUCCAUGUCAGGUCGUUGCGUUAGAUCUCUACACUGCAAAAUAGGUUAUGGAAAGGCAAUCCCAUCUAACUGUCUGUAUAUCAGUGGAUUAGAAUCAUGGACAUCUAUUGACCCAAUACAACGUAUUUUAGCGCGUUCUGGGCAACUUAUGUACCUUGACUGGUCUCCGAGACGUAAAUAUGCAUUAGCUAUGUUUGAUAGCUGUGAAUCGGCACUUGAAGGGAAUAGGCAAUUAAAAAGUUUCUCAGCAGCCAGUCGACCAAAUAUUAGACUUCGUGUUGAUUUUAUCAGUCCGGAAUUUGUGCAGCCGAAAUCACAAACCCUAAGCAAAAUUGAUUUAGAAAGUGAUAGUCAGAUGGUGGAGUCACGAAAUGCUAUAAUCAGAUCUGAUGUUGAGGAUCGAAUGAGUAUUAGCAACAAUCGUAUCCAUUCAAACGAACAUUUUGUUGGAGAGUCUUAUGCGGCAAACCAUUACAAUACAGGAGAUUGUUCUGUAGACAAAAAUAUUUCGAAUUUACGACAAUUGCCUCACACGAAACCACCUUUCCACAUGUCUAGUCGAUAUCAAACGUAUAAUCGGAAUGCAUGCAGAUAUUCUGAUAAUCAGAAUGUGCUUAUCCCAGUGGAAGAUGCUCCGCGUAGUAUGAAAUCAGUUGUCACUCUCCAAGAAUUAGAUAAAUACCUCCAGCCAGAUUUAUGGAAAGGCAAGUUCUUGUUAAAAAACAACCACUUUUACUUUCGUUGUCUAAUGGUAAUCGGCAAUAAAGAUGUGAGUCAAGAUUUAUUAAAUUAUAGAAAAGGUGAUAAUGAAAGCUGCGAAAAGAAAGCUAAUCCAGUACUACGUAUUUCACGCAGAGGUAGCAUUGAUGCUUCGUGGAUGGCUGAAGCUACACAUCGCAUCCAUAAUGUACUGUCUACCGCUCGACAUAAUCUGUGUCUUAUGCUAAUAUUACCCGAUGGUGAACAAACUAAGAAGUGUGUACAUAAUGAAAACAAAGCAGUUAAUCAGUCUAAUUCUGACAAUACAAACAUAAAACCAACAAUACUCAAGUGUUUUUCACUACAAGUUUUAGUCGCCUAUCUCAAAUUGAAGCAGUCAGCAGGUAUAAUAUAUCCAAGUGAAGAAAAAUCACCGCAUAAUUCCUUGAAUGAAAGUUCAGAAGAAGCAAAUACAAAACACCAUCCGUUAAUAUUGUAUUUAUUUGCACCGAGUAGUUUCUCGUUGAGCUUAUUAAAACAAACAGCACCAUAUCUAAGCUCAGAAUUAGCCACAACAAAUGAUUAUAUGAUUCUUUUAGCAAUGAGACGUUGA